AUGUCGCCAUGGUCAGUGGUAUAUAAUGUUGAAGAUAGUGCAGCCCCUUGGCCGAGUUUACGACGUCUAAAGCAAGGAUGCGGUCUUGCACGGAGAACAAAGCCGACGGGAUCUGGACCGAGUACUAACAAAGACAGCACCUACUUGACUCUGGCAAGCAUCUCCCAUGGUUCAAUGGCUCGAGGCGACUGGCCGCCCAUGGAGGAACGAGACGGGCGGCGGGGUUUCAACAGCGCUGCUGACCGGAGCAGCGUCGAAGUCGAAGAGAGCGCAGGAAGCCAACAGCCGUGUUCAGGAGAAACAAGGCGCGGGCCGUCGCCUCUUGUAACGGUAACAAGCAGUUGCGAGGUCGGGGGAGGAGACGAGAGGUAG